GGCCCGAAAACGCUCCCCCGCUCACCCCCCCUGACGAAUACUUGACGGAAAAAAGUCUCAUCUGCAGUAAGGAUAAGCGCAAGGAUAGCGCCAAGAAACACAACCGUUUAUUGAUCAACCACCCAUCCGGUGGUCCAAGCGAGGCGAGCUUAGUGCAUAGUACCCAAACCAGCCGGAGCGUCAGAAUCCCGCCGAACGGAGAGCGGCAAAAGCGAACGCCAACGAAAAAGCAACAGAGAACGGAGAGGGAAGCGAAACAGCGUCGAAUACAGAACUUCGCUGGUCGGGGGCAGUGGUGGCAGGCAGGAUGUGGGACUCGUCCAUGUUUCUCAGCACGCUGACGCCUAAGUUCUACGUGGCGCUAACUGGUACCUCCAGCCUCAUUUCGGGCCUGAUCCUGAUCUUUGAGUGGUGGUACUUCCGCAAAUACGGCACCUCCUUCAUAGAGCAAGUGUCCAUCAAUCACAUUAGUCCCUGGAUCAAUGGCAGCGACGGCCAAUCAGAGUCGAGCAAUGGCAGUGGCAGCAGCACAUCCAGCGGUUCCAGCAGCAGUAGCAACGGCGGCGGAGGCGGCGGAGGAGGAGGCGGUGGUGCAGCAGCCGGAGGAAGCGGAGGAGCCACAACCAGCACCGGCACCCAGAUGCCCGAGUGCAAGGUGUGGCGAAAUCCCCUGAACCUCUUUCGCGGUGCCGAGUACCAGAGAUUCUUUUGGGCGACCAGUAAGGAGCCGCUGACCUACUACGAUAUGAACUUGAGCGCCCAGGACCACCAGACAUUCUUUACCUGCGAGGGCGACGCCCGCAAGGAGGAGUACGAGAUCAUGCAGACGGCCUGGCGCGAGCGCAAUCCGAUGCAGCGCAUCAAGUCCGCGCACAGUGCGCUGGAGAUAAAUGCCGAAUGUGCGCCUGCCUACAUACUGCUGGCCGAGGAAGAGGCCAUGACCAUCAUGGAGGCAGAGAAGAUACUGAAGACGGCCCUAAAGGUGGCCGAGAUCAACUAUCGCAAGUCGCAGGCUACCCAGCACCAGGGCGCCAUUGCCGAUGGGAUGCAUCGGCGGGACACAAACGUGCUGAUCUACAUCAAGCGGCGGCUGGCCAUGUGCGCCCGCAAGCUGGGAAAACUGAAGGAGGCGGCCAAGAUGUUUCGUGACCUCACCAAGGAAAUACCCUCGAUCAUGAGCGUGCUGAACAUUCACGAGAACCUGAUCGAGACACUGCUGGAGAUGCAGGCCUACGCCGAUUGCCACGCCAUUCUCGCCAAGUAUGACGACAUCUCGCUGCCCAAGUCGGCGACGAUCUGCUACACGGCAGCUCUGCUAAAAGCGCGUGCGGUGGCCGAUAAGUUCUCGCCGGAUAUCGCCUCUAAGCGGGGACUUAGUCCGGCAGAGAUGAGCGCCGUGGAGGCGAUCCAUAGAGCCGUAGAGUUCAAUCCGCAUGUACCCAAAUAUCUGUUGGAAACAAAGCGGCUGAUUCUGCCGCCCGAGCACAUCCUGAAGCGCGGCGACUCUGAGGCCCUGGCCUAUGCGUUCUUCCAUCUUAAGCACUGGAAGCAGGUGGAGGGUGCGCUCAAUCUGCUGCACUGCACAUGGGAGGGCACGUUUCGCAUGCUGCCGUAUCCACUGGAGCGCGGCCACCUCUUCUAUCCAUAUCCCACUUGCACCGAGUGCGCUGAUCGCGAGCUGUUGCCGGCCUUUCAUGAGGUUUCCGUGUAUCCCAAAAAAGAGCUGCCCUUCUUCAUCCUGUUCACGGCGGGACUGUGCUCCAUCACCGCCCUGCUGGCCCUGGCCACCCACCAGUAUCCAGAGCCGAUGGGCCACUUGGCGCAGACCGUACUUACCUGGAUCUCGUAUCCGUUUCAGUUGCUCAAGGAGCGCAUCGAGGCGUUCUGGCCGUGCAAUCUGCUUCAGCAGCUGUCGCGUGUCUAAGCCGGGAGGCUAUCGCGGCGUCCUACCUUCUUUCCACCCUCGAAUGACGUCACACACAAACACAAACAAGGAACACACACCACAUACUCACACGCAUCAAUCUCCAUCUCUGGCUAAGAAACCAGCAAACAAGCUACAAAACCACUAAAAAACACAAACCCUCAAUACAUAACAUGCGUAUAUAUAUAGUAUAUAUAUAAAUACAUAUAUAUAUAUAUAUUUUGGAUCUUAAUAUGUCUGUGUUGUCUUCGUGAAAUAAACAUAAACAAAGCAAAAAAAAAAAACAAAAUGCAAACAAAACACGCACUCAACUAGUUGCAGCUUCCACGUGAUCCGGAUGAACGAAACGAAUUUUCAGCAGCCAAGCAAGAGGAAACUAAAUUAUUCUUAAGUUUUAUUAUUAUUUUAAUUAUUGUAAACGAGAGUACGAGAGGCGAGUAAACAAUAAUGCAAAAUUUA